UAUUGGUUUUGGGAAACGGGUCCCAAGAUCCUCUGCUGUCAGAAAAACUGGAUCCACUCUGAAAACAGGAAAUGAUGUAUCAGUCACAGUACUGGACACUAGGGGGUAAAGGAUUAAUCAUAGUCUCAUCUAUAAAUGUCCCUGAAAGGCAUAUUGAUUUGGUGUCUGCAUGCAGUGUCUCUAGAGCAGCGGCAGACUGACAACUCAUGGGGCCCCCGGGCAAUAGGGGAUCAUGGAGCCCCUGUGUCCUUGCCCAAACUAAAAAAAGCCUAUGAAAAAGGUACCAGGGGCAUCUCAUGGGGCCACCUACUGACCCCGGGCCCUCGGGCAGUGCCCGAGUUUCCAAAUGGUCAGUCCGCCCCUGCU